AAACUUGCACUUUGAACACCUGUUGUCCACAUAUGAACUUUUCCCCAAACCACUAGAAAGUGACAGAGGUGACUUACAAAAGUAAUUCACAUUUUUAAGCUUAAUUUCGACUAUUUCAAAAUGUCUAACAAACUUUUGGUAAAGAAUGCGAAACGGGUGGUUUUAAGUUGCAACAACGGUGAGAAGUUCCUGACGAAGGAAGGGAUGUGGCUACUAGUUAAUGUUUGUUACAAUUUGGUUAGAACGAGUUGACUACAGAUUGCCCUAACGUGCUGUGAAAGCAAAACUACAUUUUGGCUAAACCAAAUGUUAUUCCACCGCAAACUAUUGAUUAAAAGAGCUGUGUUCUGUUCGUGCAGCGACGGCCUGAUAAAGGAUAAUGGACUUGCGAGCACCAUUGAUAUCCAAUAUGCAGGGUGCUCGUUUGAUGAAGUAAUUGAUGCAACUGGCAAGUAUCAGUGCAAUACACCACCCUGGACAAUCGGGGAGGUAGAUCAAGGCGUGCACGAAGGUGUAAACAUGGUUUGUGCUAUCUGGGAUCCUUAACCAUAGCCCUUUCCCAAUGCUAAACUUAACCCGUACCAUUUUAAAUGUACAUUUCAAUGGUGUGGGACGUCCCAAGGAUCCCGGAUAGCAAGGGCCAUGUAAACAUGCAACCUUGGCCAUGUUUAUUUGUCGAACGGUGCAGAUAGAAAUGCCAUGAAUAGGGCUGAUGUUAUUCCUUAUUCUACAUGUCAGAGCAUAGGAGGUGGGUGGCACAUUAAUUGGGGAGGACGGGCUCGUGGUAAUGGCUGGUGCGGAAUCAGUGGAAUGGUAUCAAACACAUGGUUAUGAGCCUGUUCUCCCCUCUGCAGCCUCCUGUGUGUCAGAGAGCCAUGUUUGGCCUACCUGGCAUAUUUUAAUGUUGCAAAAUGUUUGGUCCUGCCGAAUGCUCCCCUGUUCUAUUGAGACAAAUAUUUGAAUCAUUGGUUUGGUGUUCUAUCAUGUAGAGAAUUAGGUUUUGUAGAAAUGCAGCCGUGCUCUGUGUAUUAUUACGUUUCAGGAUUGGUUGAUGCACACACCCACCCCGUAUGGGCUGGAGACAGGGUUCAUGAAUUUGCUGUGAAGAUAAAUAUGACUUCCAUGGGUCCUGUCCCCUCUGCCUCAACAGCUUGUAAUAUGACUUCCAUGGGUCCUGUCCCCUCUGCCUCAACAGCUUGUAAUAUGACUUCCAUGGGUCCUGUCCCCUCUGCCUCAACAGCUUGUAAUAUGACUUCCAUGGGUCCUGUCCCCUCUGCCUCAACAGCUUGUAAUAUGACUUCCAUGGGUCCUGUCCCCUCUGCCUCAACAGCUUGUAAUAUGACUUCCAUGGGUCCUGUCCCCUCUGCUUCAACAGCUUGUAAUAUGACUUCCAUGGGUCCUGUCCCCUCUGCCUCAACAGCUUGUAAUGCGACUCACCUUUUAGAGUAAAAGUAAAGGUUUAUAUGGCAUUUACACAAGCAGCCCAAUUCUGAUAUUUUUCCCACAAAUUGGUCUUGACCAAUCGAAUCAGAUUAUUUCACACAAGAUCUGUUUUUUAAAAGACCAAGUAGUGAAAAAAGAUCAGAAUUGGGCUGCCUGUCAAUGCAGCCUAGGUAAUGCUGUGUGUGGCGACAGUUGGCUGGUGCCACUUACAUGGAUGUGCACCGGAGGAGAGAUCCACUUCACAGUGAAACACACCCGGGCUGCUCUUGCCUCCACCCUGUACAAACAUCGUUCUUUACUGCUAGGCAGGACACUAGUGAUACGGGCCAUAAACUUUUAUUUCUCUCUUAAGGUGACCUGACCUCAACCCCACUUAUCACUGAUCCAUGGCUCUCUCCCCUUAUCAAUGCCUGCCACAUGUAAUCGCUUCCCUGCACUCAACACAUUCCAAGCUUAGUUGCACCGACUAUUUACCUUCCUCCUAUAACCCUUAACUUCUGGUGUAGACCCUCUAAACCUCAGCACUCCCUCAGUGACAUGAAUAAGUAUAUUUCCUAUUCUCAGAACCCAACAUGUCCAUCUCACUUAACCAUUCCUGCAUUGUGUGUGUGUUUUUUCUCUUUGGUGGGGUAGAGCUCGGUGCCUUGGCUAUCAGUCACCUGGAGGAUGUGACAGAUGAUGGCAUUGCUGCCAUGGCGACAGCUAAGACCACAGCCGUCCUGCUCCCAACCACCGCUUGCAUCCUGCGGUUACCCCAGCCGCGGGCCCGAGACAUGCUGGAGGCUGGGGUCAUUGUUGCCCUGAGGAGUGACUUCAACCCUAAUGCCUACUGUUGCUCUAUGCCGGUGGUGAUGCACCUGGCGUGUGUCAACAUGAGGAUGUCCAUGCCCGAGUCUUUGGCUGCCCUCACCAUCAACGCAGCCUACGCCCUGGGCCGCUCUCACGUGCACGGCUCCCUGGAGGUCAACAAACAUGGCGACCUGCUGGUCGUCAACGCACCACGGUUGGAGACCUUCUGACCCUUGGUUCCUCUCAUUCUUCAGCUCUACACCCCUUCCUGUGUCUCUCUCUCUGAGGUUGUAGAAGAGUUAGUAAAACGAACACAGGUGAGUGAAUCAUUAGUGAAGAAGCUCAGCCUGUAGAACAUGGUACUAUCUGCCAGCUCAACUGAUCAGGCAUACCAGUAGUGUUGCAAGGGGACUGUACUCAGUAUGAUCCAGUAGUGUUGCAAGGGGACUGUACUCAGUAUGAUCCAGUAGUGUUGCAAGGGGACUGUGCUCAGUAUGAUCCAGUAGUGUUGCAAGGGGACUGUGCUCAGUAUGAUCCAGUAGUGUUGCAAGGGGACUGUACUCAGUAUGAUCCAGUAGUGUUGCAAGGGGACUGUGCUCAGUAUGAUCCAGUAGUGUUGCAAGGGGACUGUGCUCAGUAUGAUCCAGUAGUGUUGCAAGGGGACUGUGCUCAGUAUGAUCCAGUAAUGUUGCAAGGGGACUGUGCUCAGUAUGAUCCAGUAGUGUUGCACCAACCAUCUUUGUGUGGCAACCACUCCCCUUGACUCACAGUCCCAAUGGGCAACCAUGAGCCAGCAACAGGGUUUGAACCUACAACCCUGUGCUUAUGGGAUAAGAUCCUUACACCAGAGCCACCGACUUCUUCACCCUCCCCUCUAUAUGUUUGGCAUGGGGAAUUGUUUGAAACGUACAUAAAAGCACAAGAGAUGAGGUUUGGACCCAUAACCUCUAGGUAGGACAAGCUCGCGGAGUGGAACUGACCUCCUACAGAUUUGCAUUAUUUUCCAGAUAACGCAGAGCCACUAGUUGAUUAUCCCUUUUAUUAAACCAGGGCUAUCAUUUGACACAUUUGCUGCUUCAACAUCCACUGAAGUUGCUUACAAGUUUACUAGAUAGCGACAGUAGUUGCCUUGGUAACCAAAGAAACAGACUUGCUAGUUUAGCUUACCAAACCAUCAGUUCUAGCUUGCUGUUAUGAAUUUUAAUUUAAAAAAUGGCAGUGGUUUCAAUUAAUUGUUAUUUAUUUUUGCAGCUCAAACAUGUAUUGAACUACAGCGAUUGAGCUCUACCGUGCCUUAUAUGGAAAUAAUGCCAAUCUAGAAUGCCCUUCAAGCCAAUCAGAAACAAGUAUUCAACAAUGUCAUGGCAUAAGUCUUUGAUAUUGAGUUGCUAAACUUGAAGUGUAAGAGUUAAGGUUUGAACUCAACCACAGUGGUGCAAGGUGGGGGGGGGCAGACUCCUUCACACUUUUCUUGCUCCUCUUUGUAUAUUUGACAUUAAUAGUUGCAGAAAUCUACACAAGUGUAAAGUUGACGUUUAAACCCACAAACUCAAGGUUAUGAGACAGGGGUUCUAACCAUUGAGCCACAAAAUCCUGCACGUUCUCUCUUGAACAUACAACCUCAGAAUCAUGAGGCAGACUUCUGUAAUAUUCUGCAGAAUGAGGUGGCAUUGUUUCUACUGGGGAACUCCUGUAACAGUUUCUAGAUGACGAUAGUUCACCCCUGUAACAGUUUCUAGAUGACGAUAGUUCACCCCUGUAACAGUUUCUAGAUGACGAUAGUUCACCCAUGUAACAGUAUCUAGAUGACGAUAGUUCACCCCUGUAACAGUAUCUAGAUGACGAUAGUUCACCCCUGUAACAGUAUCUAGAUGACGAUAGUUCACCCCUGUAACAGUUUCUAGAUGACGAUAGUUCACCCCUGUAACAGUUUCUAGAUGACGAUAGUUCACCCCUGUAACAGUUUCUAGAUGACGAUAGUUCACCCCUGUAACAGUUUCUAGAUGACGAUAGUUCACCCCUGUAACAGUUUCUAGAUGACGAUAGUUCACCCCUGUAACAGUUUCUAGAUGACGAUAGUUCACCCCUGUAACAGUUUCUAGAUGACGAUAGUUCACCCCUGUAACAGUUUCUAGAUGACGAUAGUUCACCCCUGUAACAGUUUCUAGAUGACGAUAGUUCACCCCUGUAACAGUUUCUAGAUGACGAUAGUGCACCCCUGUAACAGUUUCUAGAUGACGAUAGUGCACCCCUGUAACAGUUUCUAGAUGACGAUAGUUCACCCCUGUAACAGUUUCUAGAUGACGAUAGUUCACCCCUGUAACAGUUUCUAGAUGGCGAUAGUUCACCCCUGUAACAGUUUCUAGAUGGCGAUAGUUCACCCCUGUAACAGUUUCUAGAUGGCGAUAGUUCACCCCUGUAACAGUUUCUAGAUGGCGAUAGUUCACCCCUGUAACAGUUUCUAGAUGACGAUAGUUCACCCCUGUAAAACAGUUUCUAGAUGAUGCUUUAGUAAACAGAAUUGGAAUUUGAACUGAAGGAAAGAUGGCCAGCACUUUGACAGAAUAAGCUUAACUUUUAUUGAACACAUCUCAGUAACUGGUUUUACAAUAAUGCAUCCAUACAAUAUAACUAAUCCGUUUAAGGAUUUCUAAGGCAUGAAACCAAACCUCUGUCCCUCUACUCUUUUUUGUGUUCAAGCCAUUAAUUCUAUUCUGGAUGACCGAGGGAUGUCCCUACACCCACAUACACACAAUCCAACCUCCCUUCCUCACCCACCCUUAGUCCCACCAUAACUGAACUAGGGCUGGGAUUCAAUUAGACUGCGAUUCAAUCCCGGCCAAGAACAUUAUAA